UCGAGAGUGAGAGAGAUAGACGAAGCGUCGAUGAGUGAGCGCUGAACUUGAGGGUCUCACGUCUCAGGUCCUCACUUGUCCGCAUUUUUAUUAUCGAACUCUACCCAUCUCUUUAUACUGAUUUACCAUCCUCGGAUUACAUCGAAGACAAACGUGUCUCAAAUUUCUCUCCGAGUUGCGUGAGAGAGACUGCGCGCGAGAGGAGGAACGUUCAACUGAAUCCAACAUGUCAAUUUUACCGUUCACUCCGCCGAUUGUGAAGAGGCUGCUGGGCUGGAAGAAGGGAGAGCAGAACGGACAGGAGGAGAAGUGGUGCGAAAAGGCCGUCAAGAGUCUGGUGAAGAAGCUGAAGAAGACGGGACAGCUGGACGAGCUGGAGAAAGCCAUCACAACUCAGAGUGUCAACACCAAGUGUAUCACUAUACCACGAUCACUAGAUGGCCGGUUGCAGGUAUCUCAUAGGAAAGGACUUCCUCAUGUGAUCUACUGUCGUCUAUGGCGCUGGCCUGACCUGCAGUCUCACCAUGAGCUCAGAGCAGUUGAACUCUGUGAGUUUGCCUUCCACGUGAAAAAGGACGAGGUGUGUGUCAAUCCCUACCACUACCAGCGCGUCGAGACACCAGUUCUUCCUCCAGUGCUGGUGCCUCGUCACACUGAAAUCCCCAGUGAGUUUCCUCCUCUGGAUGACUACAGUCACUCCAUCCCAGAAAACACCAUUUUCCCCGCAGGCAUUGAGCCCCAGAGCAACUACAUACCAGAGACGCCCCCUCCAGGCUAUAUUAGUGAAGAUGGAGAGACCAGCGAUCAUCAGUUGAACCGCAGCAUGGACACAGGGUCUCCAAACCUGUCACCAAACCCUGUGUCUCCUGCCCACAAUAACUUGGAUCUACAGCCAGUGACGUACUGUGAACCAGCAUUCUGGUGCUCGAUUUCAUACUAUGAGCUAAACCAGAGAGUCGGUGAAACUUUCCAUGCCUCUCAGCCCUCUUUAACAGUAGACGGCUUCACAGACCCGUCCAACUCUGAGCGCUUCUGCCUGGGCCUGCUGUCCAACGUCAACCGCAAUGCUGCUGUGGAGCUCACGCGCAGACACAUUGGCCGAGGUGUGCGCUUGUACUACAUUGGAGGGGAAGUGUUUGCAGAGUGUCUAAGUGACAGCGCCAUCUUUGUCCAGAGCCCCAACUGUAAUCAGCGUUAUGGCUGGCACCCUGCCACUGUCUGCAAGAUCCCACCAGGCUGUAAUCUGAAGAUUUUUAAUAAUCAGGAGUUCGCAGCUCUAUUGGCCCAGUCUGUGAAUCAGGGCUUUGAAGCCGUGUAUCAGCUCACCCGCAUGUGCACCAUUCGCAUGAGCUUCGUGAAGGGCUGGGGAGCCGAGUACAGGCGGCAGACAGUGACUAGCACCCCCUGCUGGAUAGAACUGCACCUGAACGGACCUCUGCAGUGGCUGGACAAAGUGCUCACUCAAAUGGGCUCCCCCUCCAUCCGUUGCUCCAGUGUGUCAUAGGAAAAGCUCUCUCUGUACAAACAAGUAAAAAGUUCCUUCAGGAGUCAAAGGCUGAAGACCUUUAUACCAACCUGCCAAUUGGGUCCUUCUUUCACAGACUCAGUAGCACUUUCACAUGUGUUUGUCUCACGUUGGAGGAGUCUAUCACAAUAUGUGCAUAUAUUCAUUUUUGUUUUAUAAUGGUAUCGUUUGCAUAUUUUUUUUUGUUUUUAUAAAAUGUUGCCAUUUGUUAUAUAUUUUGUUAUAUACAGUAGCAUGUGUACAUGUAUGUAAGAUCUCCUCUCUCUCUCAUCUUACGUGAUGCUGUUGUUAGGUACAUGUUUACCAUAACAUGCAUAUUAGAUGCUUGAUUAUUUUUAGAAAAUAAAAGUGCUUUUUUUCUAAAGUAAAGACAUGAAGCUUUUAAAAUCCCUGUUAAACUGUCUGAAUUUUCCUCUUUGUUUUGGUUUUAUCAAAAUAAUGGAAACUUGGCCCUUGUCAUAUAUGUUAAGUAGUACAUAUCAAUAUGACUCAGUGCUUCUCCUUCCUAAUGAGAAUCAAAAUGAAUGUCUUUUAUACCCGGUGUCUAACCUGGCACAACUCUGUAAAGCCUUUAAUGGUAACAAUGUAUGCAAACACUUAAGCCCAAAUUACUUUUAGUCAAUCACCCAUUACAUUAUUGUGUGAUGAUAACACCUCUCUACAAUUCUCUGCACAGGCUACAAAAUGGCAAACAAUGUCAUCUUCAUAUGUGCACAUGAUGGAUUAUGUUAUCUUGUGUUUUAUAUGCUAAUAUCUCUUAUGUUUGAUGAAAUGUUAGGGGCUUUUGUCAUUGUUCAGAUGUUGAGCUGAGAGCCUCAAUUUCCUCCUACAGCAGAGUUCCAUUUGUACUGUUUAUGUAUCUCAUAAUGGACCCAUGCUAAGCGUGUGUCUAUAAGUAUGUGUGCAGGUUGUGUGGGAGCCGUCCUCUGUGCGUGUGUGCGUAUAUGUUGGUUUCUGUAGUAUCCGCUCUAGAGUUGAUUUCAGUUUUGUCUAUAGUGAAACAGAUGUGUCUCUCUGAGCUGUCCUCACAGAUUCAGUGGAGUUCUGUAUGUUUGGAGUGAAUGAAUGUGAAAUUAAAACUGAGUUUAAGGAUUUGUAACAUUUGCAUGUGGUUGGAGCUGUCAUUGUUCUCCGGUCAGGAACUCUUCAAGCUCUGGAGAUUGAGUGAUAUUGUUUGCAACUGUUCUACAUCACUUUAUCAGCUUUGGAAAAGAAAUUCCUUUUGGAAGUUUUGGUGGAUUUUACCAAAAAAUUAAAAAAACAUCUUCAGUGGGCAUUACAUAGUUAACAAUUCAGAUCCUAUAAUGUUGGCAUUAAAUGUUUUUUGAUAUUGUGCAGAGUUUUAAAGGUUCAUUACAAAAAGACGUAGAUCAGCUGUGUGCCUUUGCAUCAACUCUCAUAACACAGAUUCUGUACAUAGUAUAUUAGAGAAUUCUACACAGGCAGGCAGUUAUGCAUAUUGUUUAGUAAAUCGGUCGUCCGAUGUUGGAUUACUCAGAGUUGUGAUCUUUUCUCAGCUGAACUUGUAAAUAUGCCUGAUAUAUUGAUGACGCAUGCCUGUUUACUGAAACUCAUGCCAUUUGUACUGUAGACUUUAUUUUGCUACCAAAUAUUUUUUCAGAACAGGGACGGGGAAAGUAAAUGCUCUUACCUCCACUUUUGUAAUCACUGAGGAGGGGAGGUGGUACUGCUGGCAGAUCUUUGUAAGGCUAUCCCUGUAUUUUUAUAUGUCAGAUGCUCAUAGGAUAUGGAGAGGGGCUUUAAGAAUGGAAAUGUUUUAUCAUAAUGAGCUUCGUAAAAUCCAGGUCCUAUUCAGUCCUUUUUAAAGUGCUUGCAAUGAGGAACAAGCACUUUGCAUGCCUUUUUUAAAUCUAAAAGGUGUUGUAAUGUGUUGUAGAGGAAUAAUGAAGUUCAGAAUAUCAGUUAGGUGCAUCACAGACAUUAGAAAAAAUGUAUGAUAUCUGUGCGCAUAAAUGUCCAUAAGGACUGUUGUGUGAUUUAAAUGCUCUGAGACUUUACUUUGGUAACGUCAGCAUGAUAUUAUUGAAUGACUAGGAUUCCUCGAAAUGUAUUUAUAACAUCUUUGUGUCAUCUGGCAAGGACAACAUAGAAGGUACUGAUUUUAGUCAGGAAAUGAUUUAUUGUCCAUCUAAGCAAACAGAUGUUUCCUUUGAGAGGAAAAAUCAAAUCUUAUUUUCUCAACAAAUUGUUGAGGAUAUUUUAAGUAAUGUGCAUUUAUUGUGCUUGUGUUAACAUUUCCCAUUCAGUGACUUUGUGGCUUAGUGGUGAUUGUUGUGCUUGACAUUUCUUAGAUUUCUUCUUUGUAUAAUUAUCUUUAUUGUUUCUCUCCAUCCUUAAAGUUUGUCAAGAGAAAAAAAAAGCAUUAUUUGCUAUUGUUGUACUAUUAAUAAAUAUGUUAA